CUCUCGGCGCCAACGCACAUUCCUCUCAUCUCUCUCCCACAUGGAGCCGAUCAAACCCACGGCCACCCCAUCAAGCAAGGCCCUUCUCCAACACGAACCCGCCGACGGCGGAGAUGCCGCGAGCGGCACCAUCGUCGGCCUCCCUUUCCACCUCACGGAGAAGAUCCUCUCCUGCAUCAGCCCGCUCGAGUCGGUGCGCCUCUCCGCCGUCUGCAGGUCCUGGGCGGCGACCAUCUCCGAGCGGCUAGCGACACCCACCCCGCACCUGUUCGCCCUCGAGGUCCUCCACGAGCACCCCCGCGGGGCGAUCUUCUCCGUGCCGGCCGAUGACAACGAGGAGGACUCGCAGGAGCACUUGGGGCAUCUACUCAAUGGAGGAGCGGAAGGUGCUGUUUCAGCGCCCCGUCGGUGGUUCGCCGGGAAUGUACAAAGCUGCCCGGUGGUUCUUCCCUGGUUUUGUGAUGCCACUUGCGUGACAAUGUACAAACUUGGGACAAAGGAGAAAAAUCAAUGGCCUUUAGAAGGAGAGGAGGAUGGCGAGCAACUGUGAGAAAUGGAGACGGCGAGGUAUUGCUAUGACGUGAUAGUAAGGCCUAUAAACCUCCAAGUGCUACUAUGCAGCCCAUGUGAUGGUCUCUGUGGCAUACCUGAAGGUUGCGGUUCAGUUUGGCAUGGCUCAAAUUAUUCUAGGAUCUCAUUCUCAGAAACUGUACAAAGCGCUGUUUGUGAAAUUUCAGACAGUCUGAUGAAGUUUAUGGAUUGUAUUGUACUCAUAAUACAGUUGCGCAUGAACUCGCUAAGUUUGAUGCUCCUUUGGGUUUCUCAGAUGUAUUACUGGGGAUUUCCCUUAGUUUGUGUGUGACAUGGUGAGCGAAGUUUAUGUUGCAUCGUCGAUGAGAUAUAAUACCUCUGA